GAGGGUUUGCAGCUACCGGUAUAAGUACCCCUGCGUUCAGGUUCCGCCUCCAACUACCGCAUCGAAGUGUACACUUCUGCGCGUGCAAUCCCAGAGCUCGUGUGGCAAACCUUCCGUUCCAAUCCGGGGACCUCCAACAUCAUGUUCCCCCAUGCCGAAAAGUGUCGUGAGAUCGAGGCGAGGGUUCACUCGCUGACUCCGGGGCAGUUCUGGAUCGUCUGCAUGACGAACCAAGGAGGUGGACAUAUAUUUGUUGACUUCGUGCUAAGCUGCACCGAGGGACCCCUAGGGUCCUACCCGAUAUUCAUCUUCACAACCAUUCCUCAUGGUCGACUUACGUCCGAUCCUGCGGCUAGUCGGAUUUCUUCUCUAGCGUAUCAUCUCUCUCUAUCGGUUCCCACCAGACGCGUGUUUUCUGUCUUCGCCCCAGAGCCGGUCGCCCAGAUCUUUGCAUCCAUUUGGACCGAGCAUAAUGGAAUUCCGCUCGACCCUAUCCAAGCUGAGUAUUAUGCUGCGAAGUUAAUGUUCUGUGAUCGUGGCACUUUACGCGAAGGAGUCACGUCUCCAGAACUGAGACGUGCAGUCGUCGGAGACAUCCCCAAGGCUGCUCAGCUUUGCUAUGAGUUCGCAGCGAAAUCGACGCCAUUCGUUCUUUCGCGCGAUAAAGCUCAUCAGGAGGCCACCAUCUUGGUUCAGAACGGACAGCUUUGGGUGCACGAAAUCACCAUACCAGGAGAAGGGACAGAUAUAGCCUCCAUCGUAGCAGUUACACGUACUAGUGAAACGGUUGCCGCCAUCACCAAGGUCUAUACCAAUCCGACCUGGAGGUCGCGCGGAUGUGCCGAACGUCUGACCCGCCGAGUCUGCGCCCAGUUGCUGGAGACGAAGCUUUAUGUCGUUCUAUAUGUUGCUCACGACAACCCGGCCGCAGCUAGAGUGUAUGAGAAAGUCGGAUUCGUCAAAUUUGACGAGCCGGGAUCCGAUGUUCCCGGGGCCGAACGUUGGUUAGAACUCGGAUUCGACAGAAGGAGGGUAGAUCUAGGGCACUGGUAGGGAUUUUCUAAACAGCAAACCGCUCAAGAUCGUUUUGACAGAUUAACUCUAACAUCACUAUAUCACCCUUCCUUGUACAUCAUGUCCGGCGGAUUGUUCCACCCCCUUUCCAUUCACUCAGCAUUUGCAGGUUAUGAUGAGACAGCCCGUAUGUGUCUGCAAAGAUCGUUACGGUUAUAGAGUCUACCACUAGAGUAGCUAGCUUAUCGGUAGUGCUAAUCGGUACGAACAGGUUAGCAUCCAAUGAAAUUUAUGUUAUUUCACAA